UCUUUUUUAGCAGCACUUUAUUAUUAUUCCUUUAGUCAAAUGUGAUGAGUGUCUGAAACACAAAAUGACUACGAUGAGAUAUCUGAUAUUUACAGUAGUCACUCUUAUGCUAUUUAGUUCCAUCUCUGCAGAUCCAGAAUUAUUAGAAAAAACCAAACAUGUGCCGGAAUUUAAGCCAUUCGAAUAUUUACCAUUUCCUCCUUAUCCUCUUCUUGGCGACUACAAACCUCCGGCAGUAUAUGGAUACGGCCUUGGAUUUCCACCAGGUUUACUAAAACCAGAAAUUCUAACAAAGGAUUUUAAACCUCCCCUGAUAUCCCCCUAUGAAAUGGACAAAGUUUUAGGAUAUGGUGGCUUUGGAGUGCCAUAUGGAGGCUACGGAUACCCUGUUUUAUUUGGUUAUUAGUGUCCUAUGUAAUUGUAUAGUUGAUAUCAUAUUUUCUUUCAUUGUUCAGACUGUUUAGCAUUCUGUCUUAAUUUGUAUUGGAUAGCUUCAAAUUGGCAAAAAAUGCAAUUAAUCUGUAACAAUAAAAUGAAGAAUUUGAAUUUC